AUGAAAAAGGAUAUAGCAGAGUUUGUCACUCAGUGCCCUAAAUGUCAACAGGUCAAGAUUGAGCAUCAAAAACCCGGUGGAUUAUUGCAUGUUAUAGAGAUUCCGACUUGGAAGCGGGAAGUAAUCAAUGUGGAUUUCAUCGCAGGAUUCCCAGUACGCCUAUCUGUUGUUGCUGCAUAUAUUGUCCACAUGCCAUUUUCUGUGUUGUCCUUGCCUUUUCUCAUCCCUAAUUCACAAGUGAUCCAUGAGUGGAGUUUUGAAGUUUUAAGCUCUGCUGUGUUCCUUGCAUAUCUUAAUGUUCUAUAUGAAACUGAGUUACUUUGCU